CAGUUACGCAGCACGAGCGCGCUCAUGCGCGCACACACGGAUGGUGGUGUGACUCCGCCCCUCCCGCGCCCCCCCGCCCCUGAAUUCGGGGUUGGCGCAAAGGCGCUUGUUUGUCUCUGCAGGAUCCCCUACGGAGAACCGCAGAACCGGCGAAGAUGCCCGGGAAGCUGAAGGUGAAGAUUGUGGCUGGGCGCCAUUUGCCUGUGAUGGACCGAGCGAGUGAUCUGACUGAUGCGUUCGUUGAGGUGAAAUUUGGUAAUACGACAUUUAAAACAGAUGUGUAUCAUAAGUCCCUUAACCCCCAAUGGAACUCAGAAUGGUUUAAAUUUGAGGUGGAUGAUGAAGAUUUACAGGAUGAACCUCUACAGAUCACAGUACUUGACCAUGAUACUUACAGUGCAAAUGAUGCCAUCGGCAAAGUGUAUAUUGAUAUUGAUCCUUUACUCUAUAGUGAGGCUGCUACAGUAAUCUCAGGAUGGUUUCCAAUUUAUGAUACCAUACAUGGUAUCCGUGGGGAGAUCAAUGUAGUAGUAAAAGUAGAUCUUUUCAAUGAUUUAAAUCGUUUUAGGCAGUCAUCUUGUGGAGUAAAAUUCUUCUGCACAACAUCUAUUCCAAAAUGUUAUCGAGCUGUAAUAAUUCAUGGAUUUGUGGAAGAAUUGGUGGUGAAUGAAGACCCAGAAUAUCAGUGGAUUGACCGAAUUCGCACUCCAAGGGCAUCAAAUGAGGCUAGACAGAGACUUAUUUCAUUAAUGUCAGGUGAACUACAAAGGAAGAUUGGUUUGAAAGUACUUGAAAUGAGAGGAAACGCAGUUGUUGGGUACUUACAGUGCUUUGAUCUGGAAGGAGAAUCUGGAUUAGUGGUACGAGCCAUAGGAACAGCCUGUACACUGGAUAAAUUAAGUAGCACAGCAGCUUUUCUUCCUGCAUGCAAUUCCCCAUCCAAAGAAAUGAAAGAGAUUCCCUUCAAUGAAGAUCCCAAUCCCAAUACUCACUCAUCAGGACCCUCCACCCCUCUGAAAAAUCAAACUUAUUCCUUUUCACCUUCCAAGUCCUACAGUCGACAGUCCUCUUCUUCUGACACAGAUUUGAGUUUGACACCCAAAACUGCACCUUACCCACAGGGGCCUAGGAUUUUCCUGUGUCCCAGCUCCCCCUCUCUCUCUUCUGGUUCCCCUCAUCUUAAAAAGUCCUGUCUCUUCUCGGAAUCUAGCCUUAUCCCUCAUCACUCUAGCCAUGUCAGCCCAGUUCUGAGGAAAAGUGUUUCUUUCAGUGAAGAGCUGCUCCUGGCUGCCUCUGGAAUGGGCAGUGGGAGUGCUGGAAAAGAAGGGGGGCCAUUUAAAGCUCUUUUAAGACAGCAGACUCAAUCAGCGCUGGAACAGAGGGGAGGAUCGCCUCAUAGGUUCUGUAGAAGUCGGGAAUUUCCAUUUUUCACCUUGACGGCAUUUCCUCCUGGAUUUCUUGUGCAUGUUGGAGGUGUUGUUAGUGCACGUUCUGUAAAGCUUUUGGAUCGCAUCCACAAUCCUGCCUUUGUCGGAAUUAUGGGUAACACAAGAUCUUACAAACUGCUAGACUGGAAUAGUUUCAAUUCAGAUGAACCAGAAACUCGAGAUGCUUGGUGGGCAGAAAUCAGACAAGAAAUAAAAUCUCAUGCAAAAGCAUUAGGCUGUCAUGCAGUAGUGGGAUACAGUGAAUCAACUAGUAUUUGUGAAGAGGUCUGUAUUUUAUCUGCAUCUGGCACAGCAGCUGUACUGAACCCUAGAUUUCUUCAGGAUGGCACGGUGGAAGGCUGUUUGGAACAAAGGUUGUCAUGGCAGCCUGGCUUCUUUUCCAUAGGGUCAGAGAAGGGAGAGGUUGAUUUUUUUCCUCAGAGCCAGGAUAGUUCCUCUCUAUUAGGACUAGAAGAAAAUUUACCUGCUGGUUGUGGUUUUUGCCACAUACCUUAUGAUGAACUGAAUAUGCCAUUCCCAGCUCACCUCACUUAUUGCUACAGCUGCAGAAAACAAAAAGUUCCUGAUGUUCUUUUUACAACAAUAGAUCUUCCUGCUGAUGCAACAGUUAUAGGAAAAGGUUGUCUUAUUCAAGCCAGGUUAUGUCGCUUAAAAAAGAAAGCUCAAGCAGAAGCAAAUGCUACUGCUAUCAGCAAUUUGUUGCCCUUUAUGGAAUAUGAAGUGCAUACUCAGCUAAUGAAUAAACUAAAACUCAAAGGAAUGAAUGCGUUAUUUGGACUAAGAAUUCAGAUUACAGUGGGUGAAAAUAUGUUGAUGGGCUUAGCAUCUGCAACAGGUGUAUAUUUAACAGCUUUACCAACCCCUGGUGGUAUCCAGAUUGCUGGGAAAACUCCAAAUGAUGGCUCAUAUGAACAACAUAUCUCUCAUAUGCAAAAAAAGAUAAAUGAUACAAUAGCUAAAAACAAAGAGCUUUAUGAAAUCAAUCCUCCGGAAAUACCUGAGGAGAUAAUAGGAUCUCCUAUUCCAGAGCCUCGGCAACGUUCAAGACUAUUACGAUCUCAGUCUGAAAGUUCUGAUGAAGUUAUAGAGCUAGAUCUCUCACAUGGGAAAAAAGAUGCCUUUGUACUAGAGAUUGAUGACACAGAUGCCAUGGAAGAUGUGCAUUCUUUACUUACAGAUGUUCCUCCACCUUCAGGUUUUUAUAGCUGCAAUACAGAAAUCAUGCCUGGCAUCAAUAAUUGGACAUCUGAAAUACAGAUGUUCACUUCAGUAAGAGUAUCCAGAUUGAGCAACAUUAACUUGACAAAUCAGACACUCAACAAGAACUUUAAUGAUCUCUGUGAAAAUUUGCUAAAGAGCCUGUAUUUCAAACUUCGUUCUAUGAUACCCUGCUGCCUUUGCCAUGUCAAUUUUACAGUAUCUCUUCCUGAAGAUGAAUUAAUUCAGGUCACGGUCACAGCAGUUGCAAUAACAUUUGACAAACAUCAAGCUGUACAAACCACAAAAACUCAAGUGGAAAAGUCAUCGCAAAGAGCCUCUAUUGACAAUGAAGAACUUCUACAAUUUCCACUGGAACUUUGCACAGAUACGCUUGCUUCUCACCCCUUUUCAUCAGCUAAAGAACACCUGGAGAGUACAAGUUCUAACUCAGGUAUACCAGCUGCACAGAGAGCGACAUCAAUUGAUUACAGUUCCUUUGCAGACAGAUGCAACAGCUGGAUAGAGCUCAUUAAACUGAAAGCUCAGACCAUAAGACGUGGAUCAAUUAAGACAACCAUGCCAGUUGAGAAAGCAAGCCCAUUGACUGAAGGGCAUUUCCGACAACGUUCUGCUCCUGCAUGUGCAAAUUCCACAGUUGGUGUUGUUAAGAUGACACCCCUUUCCUUCAUUCCUGGGGCAAAAAUAACAAAAUAUCUUGGUAUAAUUAAUAUGUUUUUUAUACGGGAAACCACUUCUCUACGUGAGGAAGGAGGAGUCAGUGGUUUUCUCCAUGCUUUUAUUGCUGAAGUGUUUGCAAUGGUGAGAGCUCAUGUGGCAGCAUUAGGAGGGAAUGCAGUUGUCUCCUACAUAAUGAAGCAGUGUGUAUUUAUGGAAAAUCCAAACAAAAAUCAGGCACAAUGUCUAAUAAACGUAAGCGGUGAUGCAGUGAUUUUUGUACGUGAAUCUGAAUUAGAAAUUAUAUCAACUCAACAACCCAUUGCCAGCUGCCAACCUGCAUGUAGUGGAGGAGAAAUUGCUACCUGAAAAAAAAGACCCAUAGAGAUUGGGGCUUAUUGUAAGGUGUCUGCCAACUUAUUCAGAGUCAAUCCUUCUAGGAUUUUAAAAAGUAGAGCUUAACAUGAAGACAAUCAAAGUGGGACAGAGAAGAAUUCUCUGAUCUUUUAAUUUUGCCUGCACAGUCUAGACAAUAAGAGUAUUAAUAGACUUUAGAAUUUGUAAAGAAAAAUGGCACAGAACUGUUGAAGAAAAGAUGCAUCUUACUUGUGAAAUUACCUAUUUUGUAAUAAAUUUAGAGCUCCAAAUCCUAUUUUUAAACAAAGUGUCUUUAUUUGGAAGAAAUCAUUAAAAAAACAAAACAACUAAACCAUGGAACAUAAUCAAGAAACUAAGACAGUUGCCUUGGUAUAAUUUUGAAAUAAGCAGUAAAUUCACAAAUGUAUUUAUGAAGUAAUCCUAAAUAACUUAAUUUGUGGAAUGUGUGAGGAAAAACUUUAGCUAGUGGAAACUUAAGAAAAAUAAAGUUAUGUGGUUUUGAGUUUCUUCAUAUGUUUUAUUUUGUUCAACAUCUUGAUGACUACUAUGUGAGAAACAAGGAGGGUGCUUUUAGCAGUUUUUUUUUCCUCAUCUAAAAGUCUGGUAAUUUGCAGUUAUAUGGCUAUAAUUAUCAUGUAAGAAAGAGAUAAUUUAUCAGCACCAAGUCAUUUCAGUAUAAGUUUCUAUAAUACUUUUUUGUCGGUAAGACAAGAAAACCAUUAUAUAGUUUAAUAACUGAUUAUACCAAGUUAUUUCUUAACUCUACAAAUGCUAACUUUGGAAAUUCAAGAAUAAAAUAGAGAUUUAGAGAACUUCCUUUAUUGCAGGUUUAAUCUAAUUUCAUCUAAAUUUAGACUUUAUUGACUCAAUGAGAUAAAGAAAUAAAUUUUUAAGAAAACUCUAGCCUUUUACGGAAUAAUAAACGGUGCUUCAGAAUAUAAUAUGGGUUCUUUAGAGUGAGUUUAGAUAGCAUUUGACCUGGAAGUUGUAACUUGAAUGUAAAUAUUGCAUUGAAUUUUCACAUAGGAAUAUUUUUUCCAUCAAUGCCAAAUGUCCAUUGUAAGUGAAUUUUUUUCAAAAAUCUCAUUCCUUUUUUGCACAAUAAAAUUUCUGUACAAAAUUUUCUUGUUUUGGUGUUUCAAGUGAACUAACAAUGUCAAACAAUUAACAAAGAAACCUUUCUUUGUAUCAUGUGUUAAGAUUUUUUGUAUUUUUCAAUUUUAUUUUUAAAUAAAAAAAUUGUAAUAAUACAAAUUUGAAUAUCACUGCAGCUCCUUUUGCUUUAAGAGCUUUGUGUUUUUUUGAAACUCAAUAUGCUCAAAAUCUUGUUUUGAUUUGUUAGUAAUAUAACUGGCAUCGUUAUAUCAAAAUUAUUAAUCAGAUUUUCUUCUCAAGUAUAUUAUGGUAUCUUCCUAUUCUUUGGUUGGGGAUUUGGGUUCUUGGGUUUACUUUUGAAAAGUAAAAGUAAAAAUCUUAAAAAAGAAACUAAAAUAGCAUUACAAUUUGUUUUGCUGGUUAAUAUUUUAUGAAUCAAAUCAUGUUCCCCACCCACACUUUCCCAAAGUAUAGUAGCUAACAGUGAAAGUUUAGCAGCUUUGUAACUAUUACUAAGUAAACACUUUAAAUCACCAUGAUUUAUGUUGCUAAAGGUCAGUACUGUCCUAUUUAUCAAUGUGUUUUAUAAUAUAACAACUUGAGUUUUUUUUUAAAGCAAGUCAAAAAUCAUCUCCCUAAUCAUUUGUGAUAGAGACAUGAAGAGAAAGAGGUUUUGCAGGACUUGUGGACCAAGAUGCAAGAACCAGGAUUCCAAUGGAAUGUUCCCAGGAGGGGCAGUUGGGGGCUUUGCUGGCCACACCGAGAGGAGAAACUUGGCUUUUGGUCUUUGUCUCUGACUGGAAGUCACACUCUCUCUCCCUGGAGGUAUGAACCUGGCUGAAAGACCUUUGUGAGGCUGGACUUGGUUUUUGGGGUUUUCUCUGGCUCUGAGCAGUUGAAGUUGACACUGAGAAGAGAAACUUGGCUUUUGGGACUGGGUCUCUGUCUCUCUGGCUCUGAGCAGUGGAAGCUGACCAGGGGAGAAGCUUUUGAGGUGGUGAUCUAUUUGAGAGUUGAGCUGGCCAGGAGAAGACUUGGAGACUUUAAACUUUGUUUUUCUCUGGGGUUGAAGCUGAGAAAGAAGACCAGCCAGGCUGAAUUUGUGAAGAAGAAAGAAGACUUUGAAAGGGCUGCUGUCCUCCAUCUUCCUCUCUGUCUUAAGAGUCACAGUUUGUGACUGGAAUACUUCCUCAAACCUUUCUAAAAUUAUCCCUGUAGUUUAGGGAAAUCCUCAUCCCUCUUACCUCAGUUUCCCAUCCUGUUAUCCUAAUAAACCUCUUGACUGAGAAAGCAA